AAUUGCAUGGAAGCAAGAUGGCAUCUCCACAAGCCUUCCCAUCUAGAGAACGAAUAUUAUCAGCGAUAAUUUAGAGAGAGAGAGAGAGAGAGAGAGAGAGAGAGAGAGAGAGAGAAAUACAUACCAUGGGAGGCAACAGCUCAAGGCCAUGGACUGAGCUCAGCGGCGAGACCAACUGGAAGGACAUGUUGGAUCCUCUCGACGAGGAUCUCCGGAUGUACCUCAUACACUACGGAGAACGAGUCCAAGCCAUCUACGAUGCGUACAACGGCCAGACGGAGUCGGACGGCUACGGCCUGCCCCUGUUCCCGAUGGACCAGCUCUUCCAUGAAGUGGGUCUCGAGACAGCCAACAACCCGUUCAGGUACGAGGUGACCCAGUACUUCUAUGUGCCAAUGCACGAGACCUUUCUGUUGCAGCCGGACAGGUCUUGGAUCGGGUAUGUCGCAGUGAGCACCGAAGAUGGGAGCAAGACUUUAGGGAGAAGGGACAUUUUGGUCGCUUGGAGAGGAACGGCGGAUCUCCUGGAGGCCAUGAAGAAUGAUAUUUUAAAUCCGUACACAAAGCAUAGUGCUAGAGACCAGGUUCUAAGGGAGGUCCGGAAGCAAGUGGAUCUCUAUGCCAGUCAAGAUGAGACAAUCAGCAUAACAGUGGUCGGCCACAGCCUGGGCGCGGCUUUGGCAACGAUCAACGCGCUGGACAUCGUGACCAACGGCUACAACGUGCCCACCGACCACCCCGAGAAAGCCUGUCUGGUGACUGCAUUCCCCUUCGCCAGCCCCAAGGUCGGGGAUGAGAACUUCCAAAAGAAGUUCUCGUCGUCCGAGAAGCUCCGUGCCCUUCGCGUGACCAACGCCAUUGAUAUCGUUCCCUUCCUCCCUCCAAUCAGAUAUUACCACGUCGGUGAACAGCUGAUGGUCGACUCGCGCAAGUCCCCGUACCUGAGGCCUCUCAUAAGCGGUAUGACCGGUGCCGUGGCAACCGGGCAUCUAUUGGAGACAUGCCUGCAUUUAGUCGCGGGGACACAAGGGAUCGAUAGCAAGGACUUCGACCUCGGUGGCCGACGUGGGAUUGCGCUGGUGAACAAGGGAUGGGAUGGUCUGAAUGGUAUCUACAAAAUUCCGGCGUAUUGGUUGGUGGCCAAGAACAAGAACAUGAUCCAGAAUGGGAACGAUGGAAGCUGGAGCUUGGCCGAUGCGUACAUCCCACCUCCACCAGAAGAUGAUCAGAACGAGUAGUCCCAAGUCUCAACAUAUAAAUAUAAUUGUGUGAUCAGCUAUUACCAAUAAGUUUGCUGCUUUAUGACUUAGCAGUACAAUAAUAAAGGUUCCUGGUGCAAAAGUGGAGUGGUUUGAUUGAGUCGUGCUAGUGAUACUAAGUCAUGCGUCUGUUCUUGUGUUUAAUUUAAUGUCGUGAAAUAAAUAUGGUCUUGAAAGAAUAAUAGAGAUUGCUUCAGUUUUAUGUGCUU